AUGGAUACACCACACGCACAAGGCUACCACGGCACCUCGGCCUCGGCAGCCGCAGCCGCGGCGGACCAUUCGACGCUGCGAGGUCGCAGCUCGACAAUCCACGACAUGUUCAGCGACAUUGGAUCCUCCUUCCAUUCACCCAGCACCGCCAAUAGCGGCACCGCAGCCGGCCGCUCGUCUUCGCGCUUUCCGCAUGCGAACCUGUGCCGCCCGACGGCGUCUGCGUCCGCCUCCAGCUCGCGCCGCGGGACGCUGAUGCUUAGCGCCAGGGAAAGCCUUGCCGCCGUGCAUGGCGAUGGCCGCGGACAGCCUAUCAUCGACGUCAAUGUUCUCGAGGCCGCUGUCAGCGCCGCUGCAGCUGCCUCGGCGGCGCCAGGCGCGGGUGGGGGCCCCGGCUCCGGCUCAGGCAUGGCUGCGGGUGCGCCCGUGCGGGAGUGGAGCGCGCGGCCGGAAUGCAACAGUGCCAGUCGCGAACUGAGCAAGGCGGAGCUUGCGUCCAUCUGGGCCUACCCCGAGUCCUCCACCGCGCUCGGAGCGGGUACAAGCACGGGGACAGGCAGGGGCAUGGGCAUGAGUCUCAGCAUGGACGGCGUCGGCGGGACAACAGCGUCCCCCACCACCACCAACACCACCUCCUCUUCCUCGAACCAUAACCACAACCACAACACUGCGUCGAAAAGCUUGAGCUCCACGCCUCGGCUCGAUAGCGGCACGCCGCUCGCGCCUGGGAGCAUCGCUGCACUGACGCACGACCUGCAGCUGCUUGGCGUGCACGAGGGUGGCAGGGGCAGCAGAGUGGACCACAUCAACGACAACCCGUGCGCACUGCCGGCGCCGAGCCUCGGGCGCAACCGCGCUAGCACGCUGGCGGGCAGCUCCGCACGCGUGGGCAUCGAUUUGCAUUUCAGCAACAGCCUCAGCAACCUUGCCGCGGACACGCACCAUACUGCUCUCGUGUUCGGCGGCGCAACUUCUGUCAUGGGGUCGCAAGGCACAGGCGCGAGCGCAAGCCCCAGCAACGCCGUGCGCAGGUAUGCAACGCAGGCGCGCGCACAGCAACGCGGUCUCCCUUUCUCCAUUGGCAGUCUCGCGGUCAGUCCGCGCAUGUCCGAGCUCCCCGUUAGCGUCAGCGACGUCGGCGAACAGGACGACUAUUUCACCACAGGCAUCCUGCGCACGUCCCAGCCGGCUGCGACCUCAUCCAGUAGCAGUGCCGGCGCAGGCAACAGCGGUGGGGGUUCGCCGAGUGCCGGUGCUGGUGCGAGCAGUCCGGCAGGCAUCUCACAGCCGCUUGCGUCUGUUGCGCUCAUGAACCGUCUCGGUAGUCUCAAUGGAACAGCAGCAGCAGCAGCUUCGCAAGGGCAGCGACCGAGAGCGUCGACGAUGCUGCCUUCCUCUUCUCCCCCCUCGUCCGCUUCGGCUGACGGGCCACUUGCGCAUGCGCGCUCGCCUUCGUCAGCAAAUCAGUCGCAGUCACAAUCCAGCGACGAAAGUAGCAGCAGCAGGCACGGCAGCAAUGGCUUUGAGCAUCUGCUGCGCUCCUCCACGUCCUCCUCCUCCACGCCCGCUACCAUGUACGCGCUCGAGUUAUCCAGCUCUUUGCAAGGCUUCGACGACCACCUGGGCAGCACGGAGAGCAUGCAUGCGUCCGCCCCUGGCGCAGGAAUCGGUGGGAGCGGUGGCGGCGGUAUUGGGCGGGCGCGCGCCGGGACGCUCGCAGCGCUCAGCGGGCCCGGCAGCAGGCAACGUGCGGAACGAGAAAUGCUGCGAAUGGUGAGCCACAACGCUUCCUCCGCCUCCGCUGUCGCAGCCGCAUUAGACGUUGCUGUCGCCGGUGGGCGCGCUUCACCGGGUACUAGCAGCAGCGGCGGCGGCGCGCUCUUCCGGCCUCCGCUCCUCGAGGAGGGCGUCUGGCACGACGCUGCGCUUGGUAGCAGGCAGGCGUCUGUGCAAGCCUGGAGCGGCAACGCCAGCGUCGAAGAAGUAGAGGCACCAGUUGCCAGCGACGGCGCGGCUGGCUCCGGCUCCGGCUCCCGGACCGGCGGCGGCAACCUGAUUCUCAGCCGGAGUCUGUGGAUUGGCAACCUCGACCCCGGCGUAACGGCGCAGGACCUGAUGCAUGCCUUUGCGGGCUACGGCGCUAUCGAGAGUCUACGACUACUCGCCGAGAAGGAUUGUGGGUUUGUCAAUUUCAAGGAGACCGAAGACGCUAAGCGUGCGCGAGAGGAUGUGCUCACGCGUCUCGGCGGUAUGAUACCGACCAUCAGCGGCAAGCAGGCGCACCCCGUGCGCAUCGGAUUCGGCCGCAUUGACACGCCCGGCGCCACUGGGGCCAACUGGCCGUACGUUGGCGCAAAUUCGCAGGCCACAGCGGUCCUCUCCGCCGCCGCGAACGCCGAGGUGGACGGCCCAGCGACCAGGGCUCUCUGGCUUGGCUCCAUCCCUGCCACCACCUCGCAGGCGGUGCUGCUCAACAUCUUUACGCAGUAUGGACCGGUCGAGAGCGUGCGCGUCCUCUCGCAAAAGAAUUGCGCGUUCAUCAACUUUGAGCGUCUCGAAGAUUCCGUCCGCGCGCGCAAGGCGCUCAACGGGCGCGAGAUUCUCGGUCCAGAGGUGGGCACAGUCAGGGUGGGCUUUGCCAAGGCGCCUCCGCGCGCGGGCGAAGAAGGCAGCGCUACCACAGCCGGCCCAGUUGGGGCGCCCAGCACGUCGGUCUUUGGCUCUUCCAAUGCGGAUCGAGCCAUGCUCGAUCUUCUGGCAAAGCAUCACCAGCAGCUGAAAGGUGCCUUACAGGCAGAUAGACAGGCGCCGCAGUCGCAGCAGGACGUUGCUUCAGUGCAGGUAGGGUCCGCGAGCUCUGGGAACAACAACCAUUUCUCCGCUGUUGCCCGAGAGCGCAACGCGGCUCAGGGCUUGGUCAGUGCGUCCAACAGCAUCGCGCCUAGCAGCGACAAAGGCGGUAUUCCGCUCCCGCCGGACAUGGUUCCUCGCGCGUUCUUCCAAGAGCAGCAGGACAUCUUGCGCGAGCUGGAUGGCAAUAGUGCGGACGAAGUCGACAUCGAUCUGGCGUCUCGCCCGCCUGUGACGUACUACGCCUCGAUCCCUUCGAUCACGGAUGCGGCAACAGGGCGUCGCUUCGACUCUGCGCAGCUGCGGGACUUCCGCAAGAGUCUCGACUCCCCGCACAGCACGCAGCGCGACGUCGACGCUAUCGCCACCCUUUUCAUUGGAGACAUCAUCGAGCUUUCCAGCGACUACAUUGGCAACACGCUCGUGCAGAAGUUCUUCGAAAGAGGAUCGGAGGAGAUCAAGCUCGCACUGCUCGAGCGACUUGCGCCAUUCCUCGCCAUGAUUGGGACGCACAAGAACGGUACGUGGGCUGCGCAAAAGAUCAUCGACUGCGCCCGUGGGCCCCAGCAGCUCAACCGCAUCGUUCAGCAUCUGCAGCCGUACAUUCCGCCCCUCUUGUUGGACCAAUUCGGAAACUAUGUCGUGCAAUGCCUGCUACCGUACGGUUCGCCGAUAUCCGAUUGCAUCUUUGAUGCCAUGUUCGACCGUACGUGGGAGAUCGCGCAGGGCAGGUUCGGUGCGCGCAGCAUGCGUGCAUGUCUCGAGAGCUCGGCCGUGACCAAGAGCCAGCAGAAGCGUGUGGCGCUUGCGGUCAUCUUCAAUGCUGUGCCGCUCGCAACGAAUCCGAAUGGCGCGCUUCUUCUGACAUGGCUGCUCGAUACGUCCGAGUUUACUGGGCGAUACAGGCUCUUGGCUCCCCGGUUUACACCGCACCUGCACCAUCUGUGCACGCACAAGCUUGCCUCGCUCACCGUGCUGCGCAUCAUUACUCAGAGUGCAGAUCCCGAAGCCUCAAAGCUGUUGGUCACUACCCUCUUUGAGACUGGAGCCCAUCCUGUUUACGAGCAGAUUCUCAACGACCAAAUCCACGGCUCUCAAUUCAUAGCUAAGGUGCUGGCCGGUAGCGCGAUGGACGCGAGUAAGAAACCCGCUUACGCCGAAGCCGUGCGGAAAGUCCUCCAGGAUCGCGAUCUCAUUAAUGUACCGGCCUAUCGACGGCUGGUCGAGGAGGUCGGUCUGGCGCCGUCUAAUUCGAACUCUGGUGGCACUGGGGACCUUCACCUUGGCAAGCUAGCAUCUCCUUUGCCUGCACCGCGUUGGGACGGUUUACCGAUGCUGCCAAGCUUAUCGACCUCAACAGCCCUCAACAGCUCCGCAUGGCAGCGAGGACCGCCGCAGGGCUUGAUGACCAGGGGUGCGCAUGGGCACCCCGUGGUGCCAGUAAUGCAACCCAGUGCCACACUUUCGCUGCCGUCAACAUCGAUGCCUUUAAUGCAAGCGCCAUCCGGCCUCAAUACGAGUGAUGCCUACCGCUCGCCGCCGCAACCGGCGCAUCUCUCGCCCUGGGCGCAUCUCAUCGGUAGCCCGCCUGCUGCGCAUGCUGUCGGGCAUCUCCACAGCUGGCCACCUGCACCAACGGCGUACAGCGGCGUACCGCCGAGCGCGCUGCCGCCUGGUAUGACUGAGGGACAUCAUGGCGCCCUGGCGGGGGCCGCUCCAUUUGCCGCACCUACCAACCACUCUUCCAGUCCCACACCACUGCCCUUCCACCUUGUCGUUUCGCCGGCUUCGCAUCCCAGCUUUGUGCAGUACAGUGGCGCGCCCAGGCAUUGA